AUGACUAAAGACUCGUCUCACCCGCCACCUCACCCACCACCUCACCCGCCCGUCUCUCCCACCCCCCCGGGUCACCCUCCCUCCCCGCGCCUCGCCCUCCUUCCCCUACGUCUCCGAUUCCCCCCACUCACCCUCCUCUCCCCUGCCUCCCGUGCCUGGGCGCGUACGCAGGUGACGCUGCUGCGGCACGCGCUGCAGUGCUGCUGCCGGUGGGCGCUAUACGUGGACUCGGACGCGUACCUGCGCAUGGACGGCCACCGCCUCUCCGUCGAGGACUGGGCCGCUCGCGCCGCCAAGCGGGGCUACUUUGAUCGCCUGGUGAAUCAGUCAAGCACGCACCUGGAGGGGCAGAUGGUGAAUGCGCACCUACUCCUGCAAUCACCCCUCGCCUCAGCAGCCCCUGAUGCAGGCUCAAGCUCAGCUGCUGCAGGCAAGCAGCCUUCUGAGUCGUCGCACAAGCCAGGCUUGCCUGCAGGAGGCAAGGAGAAGGUGCCGUUUAUGGUGGUGGCACGCAAUGGCGAUGGGCAGCAGGGGUACGACGGAGACCCCCAGCAUCUCUUCCACCCGGAAUUCGACUCCCUCAACGCGGGACCUGUGCUCCCGUUCUGUCUACGUGUAAAAAUCGUUCCAACCAGACCCUAUCUCCUGCCCCAUUCCCUGCAACCUUGUCACACUUCUGUUCUCUACCGUGCCUCACCUUCUCUCCCCUUCGCCGACAUCUCAAACCCGCCUUCCUCUGCUGCUGUACUUAACAACCCCCCCUUCUCUUUCACCACAUGGCAGUUUCUACAGGAGUGGUACGACGCCAUUCUCCCUGAAUUCGGAGACCAGAGGCCCAUGAACUUGGUGGCGCAGAGAUGGCGCGAGCAGGUGGUGGUGCUGCCAUACUUAGAAAUGACCGGGCCACAGGGAGCAAUGAUCAGACAUGUGUGGCACACCCUGGGCAAGGAGGUGCGUGACAGGGAGUUGCAAAAGGCGUUGCUGGGACUGAUAGUGCAGCAGCAGUUAGAGAAAGAACAAGGAUGA